AUGGCACGCACCGCAGCAGACAGAUACUCCUUGCCUAUCGCCAUAAUUGACGGGGGACCCUGUGGACUUGUCCUUGCGCGUCUGCUUGAGCAGAAUGAUAUCGGCUAUGUUGUUUACGAGCGAGAUGCGAAUUUUACCCCGACGCUCAUGUACCAAGGCGGCACCCUAGACCUUCAUCCAACUUCUGGUCAGCAAGCUCUAAAGGACGCCGGGCUCUUCGAAGAAUUCAAGAAGCUCGCUCGCUUCGACGCCACCAGAUUCGUCAUCCAGAACACGACCUGCACCCUCAAGCAGGACUUCGGAGAAGGGCGAGAUGCUCCCGAAAUCGACCGUUAUCAACUGCGACAAAUGCUUCUCGACUCUAUUCCUUCCCACAAGUUGAUCCGCUUCGUUAAUGGCUCAACGGCGUCUGGGUUUCAACUGAUCGUUGGAGCGGAUGGUGCUUGGAGCAAAGUUCGUGCAGUGUUAACUUCCACCAAACCGGAGUACUCUGGCAAGAUGUUCAUCGAGGGCCGUAUCAGUCACAAGAACCCUAGCUAUGCAGCGGCAGUAGAAACGUCCGGGCCUGGAAACAUGAUGGCCGUUGGUCAUGGUCGAUCACUCGGUGUUCAGCAGGUGUCCGACAAGUCAUACCGCUUGUACCUGGGAAUGAAGGCUGCGGAAGAUGUUACUCGGAAUACUCUUCAAUUGGCCGACACAGAGGGAAGCCGAGAGAAGCUUUUGAACAGUCCUGAGUUCUUCGGCGAUUUCGGGUCUGAGUUGAAGCAGUUCCUAUCCGAUGCGGAAGGCCCCUUUCGACCGUGGCCACUCUACCGCAUGCCCGUCUCCUCAAUGAACUGGGUUCGGGUCCCAGGCGUUACCCUCAUCGGCGACGCUGCCCACGUUUCGACUCCGUUCGUGGGCGAGGGUGUCAACAUGGCGAUGUUCGAUGCACUCAAGCUCAUGAACAGCAUCAAAAAGCAUUGCGGAGGAGGCAUUGACGGUCAGCUCAAGGAUUGCUCUGGCAUUGAGACAGCCGUGGCAGAGUAUGAGAAUGACAUGUUCCCACGCGCACAGAGCUUCAUCUCGCGAUGCAUCGCCAGCGAGGGCAUAUUCUUUGCGGAGGACGCGGCGGCAGAGUUUAUCGACGUCAUUACAAACGAAGCCAAGCAGAAAGAGGUAUUCGGAGACAAGCUUGGACACAUGGAUGUUUAA